ACCGGAAAGGUCGUGGUUUCACAGCAGUUUGCGGCAACACGUUGCUCUCCCCCGGAAGCCCAGGACCGGCGGCGUGGUCGGCGGCGGGACCGGCGGUAUGGCGAGCGGUGGCCUCGGGGAGGAGGAGGAGGAGGAGGGGGAGAGGCCCAAGUGGAAGCGGCAGCUCCCCGGGCCCCGGGUGGCCGCCGCCGCCCCUCUCUCCUUCGCCCAGGCCCGGGCACUGCUGCACAGCCCCUACUCGUGCCUGGUGCUGGACACCCGCCGGCGGCACCUCGCCCUGUCCCCCAUGUACCUGCAGCGCAAGAGGACGGGCAUCGAGAGGCAGCUGAGGACCGAACUGCUCAGAUUCUCCGAGAGUUUUCAGGGUGUCCCAAUUGCCUACGAUGAAGUCAAACUAGUAGGUGAAUUAGGGAGCAUCUAUGAUGAACAGGGCUACAUACAUGUCAACAUAGAAGCAAACUUUGUUAUCUUCAAACCUGAAAAAGGACAGAAACUUGUGGGUGUUGUGAACAAAGUUGCCCCAAGUCAUCUUGGCUGCGUGGUCCAUGGCUGUUUUAAUGCUUCGAUACCCAAACCAUAUCAUGAAAAUGGUACAUGGCCAGGCUUUGAAGUAAAGGUGGGGAAUAACCUGCAAUUUGAAGUUGUUCACCUGGAUGCUGACGUCGUUGGUGUGCUGUGCAUUCGAGGAAAGUUGGAUCCAAACAGUGUGCAGGCAGAAUACAAUGUGGAGUCUGAAAAAACAUUAGAAAACAACAGCAAUGAAACACCAUUAGAAAACGGCAACAAUCACACUGCUGAUCAAACGCCUGGUAAAAAGAAGAAGAAGAAGAAAAAGAAACACAAAAGGAAGAAUGAUGAAGAAUUCAGCACCCAAGACACACCUGAAGAGGCUAGCGAAACAGUUGAGCUUAUGGAUUUGAGCCUGUUGGAAGAUGGAGUCCAUAAAACAAAUGGCAAAAAAUCCAAAAAGAAAAAGAAAAAGAGAGCUAAGGAGGAGAAACCAAACGCAGAAACUGAAAUCCAAACAAAUGACUCUUGUGACAAACCAACUAAAAAAAGAAAAGAAAACAUUCUGAGCGAGCUUCAGAGCCCACUGACUGUACACCAGAACCAAAAGUCAAAAAAAGAAGGAAACAGUGAUUUUAACCUGUAACAUGUUUAAAUGGUAGUUAAACAUAAUUGCUAAAUUGUUACAAGUUGGCAUCUCUUGCACUAUUACAAUAUGUGAAAAGGGACAGUUUUAUUUUGUUCCACUAGGUGCCUCAGUACUAUUGCUGAAUGUGAUGAAACCAUGUCAUUCUGCUAUGCCAGUGGUAGCCAACCCUUUUCUGAUGAGAGCUAAACAUAUUUUUCUUGAUUGCCACAGGGGCCAUACCAUAAACGUUGCUACUCAGUAGCUACUGGAAGCAAAAUGUUGCUUUAUCUACAGACUUACUUAAGACUAGUGUGAUUUUUACAAUUUCUUCUUCCCCACUAGCUUAUCAAUCUCUCGCUGCUGUUGAGAUGUGGCCAACUGCACAAGUUUGGUAAGAUUCUCAUCUGUCAAUCACAAUUGGUAUUUUUAAUGAUUUUUAUUGUUGAGAAGUUAUGCUCACAAAAUAGGCGCUGCCAAAUCGGCAAAUAUAACUCUGUGCAAAACUUCUUAAGUCUGGUGGUUCUAAUUUCCAAAAGGUCAACACGGUGUCUGUGGUUGGGUUCCUCGAACUUGCUUUUUAGCAUGGAGUUGCACUUUAGAUCAAUGAUUUCCAUUUCCAGUGUUUGGUCUACUUAACUUCUCUUGUGGGAGCUCAGAUACAUUGUCAGAUUCUGCAGUGAAGUCAUGGAAACGACUUUCAAAUUUGUACUUGUUUGAUAAUAAAUUGAUUUCAGUUUAUCUUA